GACUUUACUGUAACUCUGCUAGUAUCCAACCUAAGCACUUGCUGUUUAUCUUCUUGGAGUGCGAUGUAGCAGAAAUAGGUCUGCUAUGCGACAGAAAUUAUCUCGAGGAAAAGUAUUCGAAGCAGAAGAUCACCUUUCACCUUGACCCUGUAUCGGUGACGAAUGGGGGAGUCUGUAUUUCGAUACUGAAACGCUUUCGAAUUUUGGUAUUCAACCGUCGAUCUAUGUUGACCACAAACUAUCAUGUCGACCUCUGAAUCCCUUACCUCUCACCUUGUCAACUUGUCUACAUUUAGACCAUACUCCACAGCGACAGAGCAUGACUUUCUCUCCGCUGCUGGAAAGGGGACGCUCUCGAAAGAUCUUCUCUCUGUCUUCUUGUCUCAAGAUCGCUUGUACGCAGCUCAUGCCUACCCCAAGUUCAUCGGGCGCGUCCUGGCAUCCGUUCCCUUCUCCACAUUCGACCCGAUCGAUUCUGAUAAGGAACGAUUCAACCAAAGGGUGGUUAAGACCUUGAGUGGGGCUUUGCAGAAUGUUAUCCGUGAGGCUAAUUUCUUUUCGGACACCGCAAAAAAGUACGGGUUGCAAUUAGAAGGAUGGAGAGAACGGAAGGCGACGAGGGACUACACUGCUGAGAUGGCCCGGAUCGCUUCAACAGGAAGGUUAGAAGAUGGGCUCAUCUUCCUGUGGGCAAUGGAACGAGUCUAUCUUGACGCAUGGAGCUAUGUAUCGUCCUUGAAGGGCACUAGUCAAGGCCCUGUGUCGGAUGCACUUGCCGAACUCGUCCAUAACUGGACAAACGAGGAGUUUAUCAUAUUUGUGGAUGAACUUGCUGAGCUCGUGAACAGUUUGGACGUCAAACCGGGAUCGGAUGCUUGGGUUCGUGCCGAAGAUAUCUGGGGUCGCGUUAUCGAGCUGGAGGAAGCGUUCUGGCCUCCUGGUGAAAAUGAGAUUGACUUCCUCAAACCCUUGUAAUUGGAGGUUUUGAAAGAUGAAAGUGGCGGCGAUUGUGAAGCAUUUACACGUGUACAACAUCCUCAAAAUACAUGUGUCGAACAAUCUAGU